AUGUCCAUCAGAGAUAUCUGGUAUGCAAUCCAAGCUUGCACCAAUCAUCGCUUCAAUUAUGAAACGUUGAAACCCUGGUUCAGGGGAUGGGUGAAAAGGAUUCGCAAGGAGCAACCGGCGAUGUGGACAGAUGAGAUGUUCAACCGUCAGCUUCUGUUCCCCUGUUACUUUUUCGACCACGCGACAGGUUUUCGAGACGUAACAAGAUACCUGGUUUACAACAUGUCUUUCCCGAUCAAAGAUUCAAAUCCCAUUUUCUUUGACCGAAAGAGAUUGCGGCCCAAAUGCUUCAUACGGAGCCUCAACAAAACUAGGGCACAGCUUCCUGCCAUUCUUCAAUGCAAGCUCUUUGGGAAUGUGGAUAAACUCCUCAAUCAAGACCCGUGUGCAUGCAAUGAGGCCGCAAUCUGCACAUGCUUGAAGGAAAUCAAACGAGUUGGUAUCAGGCCUUUUGGAGACUCUCUCUACAAAGGCAGCAUCAGGGCAAUCGUGGACAGACUUGAGCUUUUUGAUCCGGGUAUUGUUCGAAAGCUGGAUCCGAAGCCAUGCCACUGCGGCUGCUUCCCACGUUGUGGGUGCACCAUUUUAUGGCGUGAUGUGGUUAAGCUAGCCCGCAAGGAGGUCCUUGAGCACUUCUCUGGUUUCGGUUUGAACUAUAGGGAGUAUGAUCCAAAAGAGGAUUUUCAGGACUAA